AUGUGGUUGCUUGUUGCAAUGUACACAUUGUAUGCUGCAGUAAUGGUCCAUACAGGUGGUGAGCUUAGAUUAGACUGUAAUAAAACUUACAGUUUACCAGAUGACAUAGGGAGCAUUAUUUGGCCUGAUAUUUGCCACAAUAUUAAUAGCACUGUUCAGUCUUAA